AUGAGAGCCAAACUCAAGCCUACAUUUUGGAGUCAGGAUGUACUUGGAGUACCACCUGAAGCGCGUGUACGGACGUACGUACAUUGUUUGAUUGGCUUUAUAAGCCAACCCACAAUUGCUAUUAUUUGCGCGCUCCCGCUAGAAGUUGAUGUCGUGGACGCACAUUUUGAUGAAUGCUACGAUAAUUUGGAAGAAACGGAAGAGGAUGAACUGCCGAACUGCAAUAUUUCCACGAUAGGGAGAAUUGAACGUCAUUUCGUAGCUUUGGUGCAACUGCCAGGGAUUGGCAAGAGCAGCGCAGCCGGCGUCACUUCAACCCUGCUGUUGAACUUCACUGGUAUUCGGCUUGUUCUCGUAGUCGGAAUCUGCGGAGGAGUUCCUUUCCCAUCUAAAAGAACUGAGUUAUCACGAGAUCCGGCUGGCUUCGAGAGAAAGGGUGGUGAGAAAUGCAACAAUGACAGGAACCUGAAAAGUUUCAUUACCAACUUGAAGACCAAAAAACUUCGGAAUAGGCUACAAGAAGACAUUUCUUCCCAUUUGAGCUACCUACAUGGUAUGGAAAGCGACUGGGCGUAUCCAGAUUGCGAGCAACUAGGAUGUGAUGGCGAGUUGGUCCAGCGGGACAGAUUGAAAGAGAGAGGAACCGCGCCAUUUAUCCAUUUUGGCAAGAUUGCCUCUGCCGAUACUGUAAUGAAGUCUGGGAAUGACCGUGACAAACUAGCACAUGAUGAGGGUAUAAUUGGCUCUGAAUGCAUUUCUCUAUUCCUAUCAUUGCCACUGAUUAGACGACCUGGUGUAUUCCGUUCUUUCAUGAGCAAGCGUACCUUUCACAAAGUUAAUGAUUGGUUACCAUCUUAUUUAAGCCGAGCCCCGUCUCAACAUCAUCCCGUAUUCUCACUGAUAUGGACCAUUAAUAAGUGGAAUGAGCAGGAGCACGACAGCGACAUUUGGUCACAAAGAGCAACAACCAUAAUUCGCGUGCUCAAAGCUUCGCAAGAGAAGUUGAAUCCUCCGCCUCUGAUAAUGCUGAUCUUGGUUCAAGUACUCGUCAAUUUCUUCCGCUUUAAGUCAUCAUGCGGUAGACAAACGAUUGCGGAAAUAAGCUCUUCUGAUACCCUCGAGAUAGAAUCAUCGCUGGUGAAUAUUACCCUGAGCGGUGUCGAUGAAGAGACACGCGAAUGUACAGUCCAGCCGAUCCAUAGCUUCCGGUAUAUUCUCGACUUCGAAACAAAUGAUCCUGUAUUUAAAGAUGCAGUCAUUCUAUAUGCCGAGAUGAGAUGUGUGUCUUACCUGUCGAUUACCGAGUUUUGGGAACAAGCACACGGCCCUUUGAUCAAUGAUCCGCAAUCAAUGAGCUUAACGCACCUCAGUCAAAAGGACAGAUCGCUUUUGAUUUCAGUGUCCUGCAUGUUACAAUGGGAGAAACCUACGCUCAGAAAUUUUGAGGAUGUACGGCGAGUCUAUGAAUUUGGUAUAUCUCAAGCGAUCAACCAUGCAACCCUGAUACCCAAAGGUCUCCGACUGCAGGCAAAACAGGUUUGGGUUCCGAUAAGGAGCUAUAUCAGCAACAGCUGGGGUAGAAACGGUUCUGAGUUCAUGGCGAGUGCACCCAAGAGUACCGAAAUGGAUGAUAUUAUAUCUCCUUACUUAGAGAGAACGGUCCUUGGCGUCAUUGAAUCCUUUUCUGAUCCUCAAAGUUACUGA